AUGGAGAGGAGGGCAAAAGACGUAGAGUCUCUACUCGCGACAUCAACUGGCCAAAAUGCCUUGGACUAUGCCAUACAAGCGGCCGAGCUGUACAUGCGAGCAGCUGCAGAGAAGGGAAUCGGUAAAGAGGAAGCUUCCCGACAUCGCCGCAAAUGCAAACAGCUCGUCGCACUCGCCGAACGGCUCAAGAACCAGCUGAAAACCCCGUCAGCAUCACCACAUGCGGAUGGCUUCGAUAUUCUGCAAGGCGCUUCACGGCUUCACGGAAGCUACUAUCCCCCUUGGGGUGAAGACCCCUCAGACUCACAGUUCCAGCUCGGAGAUGGCCUGGAGCCAUUUGUUGAUGACACCGUAUUCCCGCUUUCCGAAACCCAAAUGGCCAACUUCUCAGCUUGGCGAAGACCACACGAGCUAUUCGGCCCCUUCUCUGCCGGACAAGAUGGCAUUCUUAUGACCCAAGGCACGCGCUUCGACUUGGCGCAAGAUAUAACUACUGACUGUUCGGUCGUCGCUAGUCUUUCUGCUGCCGCGAGGAUUUGGACUGGAAAACACGCAGUUCUCUCCAAGAUUAUGCACCCAUUCGACCACGGAAGAGGCCAGCCCAAGCUCUCUCCUUCGGGAAAAUACAUAUUUCGGCUGAAUUUCAACGGCUGUGCUCGUCGAGUCGUCAUAGAUGACAGAUUGCCAUCCUCAGGAACAGAUCGAGCCCUCUUUGUAAUCAAUCGACAUAAUCCUCGGUUGAUAUGGCCGGCUUUGCUUGAAAAGGCCUACCUGAAAGUACGAGGUGGCUAUGACUUUCCCGGUAGCAAUUCAGGGACUGAUCUUUGGGUCCUCACGGGAUGGAUACCCGAACAACUAUUCCUCCAGAGAGAGGACUUUGACAUAGAUGAGGCAUGGAAUCGAAUCAAGACAGCUUACGACAUGGGCGACGUUGUCAUUACGCUGGGUACAGGCCAUGUCUCUACAGAAGAGGAAGAUAUAAUGGGUCUCGUAGGGGAGCAUGAUUAUGCUGUGCAGGAUCUUGACUCAUCAAACCGCAAAUUCCUAGUGAAGAAUCCUUGGUCACACGGGACCAAGUUUGACUCUUCAUCGUCGUCUGAGGCUAGCGAUGAGGAUGCUGAUCCGCCCUCUGCGGGCACCCUCUGGCUGGCUAUUGAGGAUAUAGCGCAGCAUUUCGAGUCCAUGUAUCUCAACUGGAACCCGGCCUUGUUUUCCCAUCGCCAAGAGCGUCAUUUUGCUUGGGAUAUCCCUACCAAAGAUUUCGCGGCAUCGUUGGUGCGAAACCCGCAAUUCUCGAUCAUCUCACCUACAGGGGGGACGGUAUGGAUCUUAUUGAGCCGUCAUUUUGCAGAUCCUGAGCUCGAUAUUGCGCGCAACAAGUCUGGUUCUCUAGCUGCCGUGGCUAGUCAAUUGGGCUACAUGAGCAUUCUAGUGUUUGAUCAUCAAGGCAAAAGAGUCCAGCUCAGCGAUGGAGCAACAUACUGUGGGCCUUAUGUUGACUCUCCCCAGACGCUCGCGCGGAUUGAGAGCAGGGCCGGCAAGGCAUACACUGUCGUCAUUGACCAGCAGGCACUGCCUUUGCCCAGCUACACUUUCUCGCUUUUCAUCUUCUCAAAUGGGCCAGUGCAUGUCAAAGAGGCCGAGGAGAAGAUGACACAUUUCACAGAACAAAGCGGCUGCUGGAAUAGACGGACUGCUGGGGGGAAUUCAUCAUGCACGACUUAUUUUCUGAAUCCUCAGUAUAAGCUGUCGGUUCCUCGCGCCACCCCAAUAUCCACCCUUUUAUCUACAGCUAACCGAGAUGUUCAUGUCCACGUUGAUUUACUCUGGUCACGAGGGAAGCGUGCAAAUACCGUCAAAACGAAAGACCUGGUCGUUUCAUCGGGAGAGUAUCGUCGUGGCUGUGCCAUCGCCGAGCUGGAUAUGCUUGAAGCCGGAGAUUACACUCUGGUUUGCUCGACCUUUGAAGCGCAGCAGAUGGCUGACUUUACACUACGAAUCGGGUCCAUGACGCCAAUUACGCUAGAACCUAUACCGGCUGAUACAGCAGGAAAACUACGAACACCUAUAUCACCAUUCACUUUAGGAGGAGAAGGGCAACGCUGGAGGGUACCUAUCAGCGCUUCAUGGGUAACUCGAGCCGUUGUAUCUAUUCGAAGUUUGCCACCUCUGUCGGAGACUUCAUAUCACGACACCCGCUCCUUGCCAGCUGUCAUGAUCCGUAUCUCGAUUACUGAUGCCUCGGAGUCAGAGCCACGUAUCCUGGCGGAGUCCAGGGGAGGCUUGGAAGACUCUGGGGCCAUCAUUCGGACACCUGAAUUCGACAUUGAGCCGACGAAUCCAAGUCACGGACCGAGAUAUCUCGUCAUUGAGAGUCUAUGGGGGUACCGAGCGAUCCAGGAGCUUUGCGGGGACGUCUUUAGUGACUCUCCCAUCCAAAUUGGCGACUGGGGAGCCUAA